UAGUUGUGAGAGGGCCGGCGAGCAAAACGUGUGUCGACGCGCGCGCGCCUGGCGCGUUGAAUUAAAUGCGUUGUUUGCCUUGAUUGCGUGGAGCUGGUGGCUUCAGCUCGUCCCGCCUCGGACCGCCCCAGGGCGAACGCGCACAUGGAGGAACGUGUACCCGUACGGGCCUUCUGCGAACCGAAAGAGGCGCGAGCUGCGGCAGUGGGCCAUAUCAGAACUCAGAGUUCUUUCACGCGUUGCGCCUGCCAAACCUCAAGAUGAAACCCGCCACUUCGGCGCCUGCUGAAGAGCGUGACGAGGAGGGCUUGGGCGGCAUCACCUUCACCAAAAAGAAAGAAACCAUCGCUGUGACUGCCGCACUGGCCUGGGGCUCGCUGGGCUGCAUUUAUGGCGAUAUCGGCACCAGCCCCCUGUACGUGUACAGCACGAUAUUUGCCACUUCGGAGCCAAGCCAGGCCGACAUCCUGGGCGCAAUUAGCCUCAUCUUCUGGACGUUGACGCUGAUCGUGCUGGUCAAGUAUGUGGGCGUGGUGCUCCUGGCCGACGAUGAAGGAGAGGGUGGGACGUUCUCGCUGUACUCGCUGCUCUGCCGCAAGAUUGGCAUCCGCCCCCACGACGUCAUGUUUCGGGGCGAGAGCCGCAUGAUGCGACACCUCGGGUCCUCCAGCACCGGCGGCAGCCAACUCCGCCGCACAAGCGGCAGCGGGACUCGCGGCGCCGGCCUCCGAGCCAGCGGUGACGGCACGCUGCGCCGCCUCAGCACCACGCCCCAAGACACCGCUCGGGGCCCCGACACUACUCUCACCCUUGCCACAUCAGCAUCCCGGGUCGCCGGCACAGUGGCGCCGCACCCGCACCCGCAGCAGCCGCGCCGUGUGUGGUGGCGCCGCUGGGCAGCCAGCGGCACUGCAGUGCGGGCGGCACUGCGGCGCAACCGGGCGGCGCAGCUGGGUCUGUGGGGCAUGACUAUGGCUGCCACUGGCAUGGUGCUGGGAGACGGCGUGCUCACACCCGCCAUCUCAGUCAUGUCAGCUGUGUCUGGUCUCAAGGAGGCGACUGACGCGGUCACUCAGCAGACGGUGGUGGGCGUGAGCAUUGCGGUGCUGGUGCUGCUGUUCAGUGUACAGAGAUGCGGCACCUCCAAGGUUUCCUCCACGUUUGCGCCCAUCGUGGCGUUGUGGCUGUGUUCCAAUGCGGGAGUGGCCGCAUACAACCUGGCCCUGCACGGCGGCGGCGCGCUGGCGGGCCUGAGCCCGCACCACAUCCCGCUGUUCUUCGCGCGCCGCGGUGUGGAGGCGUGGCGCAUGCUGGGCUCCGUCAUGCUGUGCGUGACGGGCGCCGAGGCGCUGUACGCGGACCUGGGGCACUUCACACACCGCUCCGUGCUGGCCGGCUUCUGCCUGUUCGUGUACCCGUGCCUGGUGCUGACGUAUGUGGGUCAGGGCGCCUACCUCAUGUCGCGGCCGGAGGACGUGACAGACACGUUUUGGAAGUGUGUGCCCAGGCCUUUCUUCUACCCUAUGCUGGUUCUAGCCACCCUGGCCUCCGUGGUAGCCAGCCAGGCGCUUAUCACCGGCUGCUUCUCAAUCAUUUCAAACGCCAUCAAGCUGGGCGCCUUCCCCAAGCUGUCUGUGCUGCACACCUCGGAGCACGUGCGCGGCCAGGUGUAUGUGGCGGAGAUCAACUGGACCCUGAUGCUGCUGUGCAUUGGCGUGGUGGCCGGCUUCCAGGACACGGUAGCCCUGGGCCUGGCCUACGGUCUGGCCGUGUCGAGUGUGUUCGUGCUGACCACCCUACUCAUCCUGGUCGUGAUGGUGGCGGUGUGGGAGGUCAGCCUGGCACUGGCCGCGCCCUUCGCGCUGGUCUUCCUCAUCAUUGAGCUAGCCUUCCUGUCCGCUAACAUGGCAAAGGUGCCUGAGGGAGCCUGGUUCAGCCUGGCGGUGUCCGCGGGCGGCAUCUACGUCAUGACCAUCUGGUGGGUGGGCAGCACACGCCGUGCGCUACUGCUAGCCGCCAGCGCCGGCCGUAACCGCCUGUCCGAGCUCUUCGUGAUGAUGCCGCUACAGCCGCAGCAGUCGCACAUGGCAGCGCCGGCAGCGCAGGUGCCACAGCCGCAGCAGGUGCGGCGUGAAGCGCCGCGCGCCAUUGCCGAGUCCCUGGAGGAUGGACAGCAGGAGGCGGGGCAGGAGGAGGGACAGGAGAUGCAAGGCGCCGCCCACUCAUCCACCGGUGCCGACGCUGCUGCUCGCACUACCACCGCUGCAACGCCUCAGCCUGCUGCUGCCCCCGGCGCCUCUAGCGGCGGCGGCCUGUUGCACCCCGAGCGUGAGAUUGUCACAGCCUCCAACACCCCCUCCUCGGGCACACACGGCUCAGCUACACCCGCCGACGGUGGUGCCAUCGGCCCUCUGCCGUCGCGGCGCCGCACGGCCGCCACCUCUGCCUUUGCCGCUGCUGCUGGCAUAUCCGGUCGCAGCGAUGGAAAUGCCGCCGUACCAACUUCCAACCUGCACAAGAGCGACAGCCUCAGCAGGGGCAGCCCCGCGCAGCUGCUGGCGGCGGUGAGCGCUCGUCUGUCCAUGUGGCGGCCUGUGCAGCUGGCGCUACGCCUGCCGCCACAGCCGCUGCUGGGUGCCGAUGGAUCCGCCGCAGUGGGAAGUCAGGGUCAGGGCCUGGGACUGGGCGCGGAUGGGGCGGGUGCCGAGCAGCAACAGCAGCAGCAGCUGUGGCCUCUGUCCCGGCAGCCGGGCAUUGGUCUGUACUACAGCGAGACGCCGGUGGGGCUGCCGCACGUGCUCAUCCACUUCCUGCGGAAUGUGCAGUCGGUGCACGACGUCUCUGUGUUCCUGACCGUGCGGGUGGUGCCGCUGCCGCACGUGCAGCCGGUGGAGCGGCUGCUGGUCCGCCAGCUGGCGCCCUUCCCCAACUUCUACCAGGUGGUGGCGCGCUACGGCUACAUGGACCGAGUCGAUCACGGCGCGGCCUUCAUCCGCCAGGUGGUGACCGGCAUUGUGCGUGUGCUGCGCGGCGGACCCGCAGUAGCCGCCGACGUCACGACUGUGGCAGCAACCGGCGGCGGCAAUGGUGCAGAUACUGCCACCGCCGCCGCAGCAGCAGCAGCUGAAGACGGGAUCGCGGGCAGUGGCAGUGGGAGCAGCGGCGGCGGUGCAGGUGGCUUCCGCUUCGUGACCCGCAACCGGCGCAGCAACGGCCACCGGGGGAGCCGGCUGUCAGCGGCAGCCAGCAGGCGCGGCGUGAACGGUGUGUCGGCGCCUGCUGGAGAGGAGCAGGAGCAGGAUGGGGGCCAGGCGGGACAGCAGCCGCAGCAGCCGCAGGGAGGGUGGUCACUCUACGGCAUGGGCCUGUCGCGGCGGGGCGGCAUGGUGCUACAGCCUGGGGAAGUUGACGUCAGCAGCAGCAGUAGCAGCGACCGAGGCUACAACUCGGCUGAGGAAGAAGGCUCCGAUCCAGACGACGAGGACGAGGUGGAGGCUGUGCCGGGCGUGCCCGCAGCCGUCGCGCACAGCAGCAAUGUCAGUGGUGGACAUGGCGGCACUGCUGGUGGCAACACGGGAGGCACUGGCGGCGUGGAGCUGAGCGAGGUGGUGGUGGUGGCGGCGCAUACCGCAGAGGUGCGGGCCGACCACGCGCCAGCACCCCAACCGCCAGCAGCGCUCCGCAGCCCCUCCACUGGCGCGCCGCCGCCGGUGUCGCUGCCUGCUGCACCGGCGGCGCUCCAGGCUUCGCGGUCGCGGCCGCGGCUGGCGCGGGCGGCGCGGGGCGUCUCUUCCCAGCUGCCCUCGGGUGGGCGGGUGGUUGUGGACGAGGCAGCGGUGGCGCACGUGUUGGAGGCCGCCCGACACGGCGUGGUGUACUACCUGGGCGCUGUGCGGGUGCGGCCGGAGCCCGGCAGCCCCCUUCUGGCGCAGCUGCUGUUCGGUGCCACCUACCGCCUGCUGCUGGGGCUGAGCCGCAGCGAGGUGGAGGACUGGCGGCUGCCGUACGAGCACGUGGUGGAGCUGGGCAUGGUGCUCAGGAUUGGGUAGGGGAAGAGGGGAACCCUGGAUAGGAGCAGGAGCACGGGACAGGGUGGAUGGGGGCAGGCAUGGGCGAGAAGGAGACUAGGUGAUUGUUAAGAGGAGCUGACGUGAGUGCACCGUAUGAGCUCUGCAGCAGGGGCGGCUACCGCGUAGGGAUCGGGAGUACGGUAGUGUUCAGAAUUAUAAAUGGGUAGCGCGUUGUCAACAGGGGAAGUCAAGUUGUCCAUUCUCCACAUGCGAUGCCAGACGUCGGUGUACGGUGCAGGAGGGCGCACGAGGAUUUUUUUUGGGGGGGGGCAUUUUCAAGCAGCACGCACUGUGCCGCACAGUGCCGCCGCUGCAUAGACUGUGCACAUGCUGCAUGUGCGUGUGGAAGCCUGUCAACCCCACGUAAGGCCUGUCCCAUGUGCCAACUAGAAACCCAAGCCCGGUGCUGCAAUGAGAUGUGGUGUUGAGAAACACCGAGUUUGUUGAUUGAG